AUGAUGAUAUCAAGAAUAUUACAAAAGAAUAGUAUUAAUAGAUUAACUAUUAAUACUAUAAACUCUAUUAAACAAUCAUCAUCAUCAUCAUAUCAUACUACUAGUAAAGAUGAAGUUGUAUCAAUGUCAAAUAUUAAAAGAAAUGAUGAAUUUUCAACAUUAACAAAUCAAGACAUUAAACAUUUUAAAGAUAUACUUGGAGGAGAUGAUAGUAGUAGAAUGAUUACAGACAAGGAUGAAUUGGAAGGUUUCAAUCAAGAUUGGAUGAAAAAGUAUAAAGGAAACAGUUCACUUGUACUUAAACCAAAAACUACUGAUCAAGUAUCAAAAAUUUUAAGUUAUUGUAAUCAAAAAAAAUUAGCAAUUGUACCACAAGGAGGAAAUACAGGAUUAGUAGGUGGAAGUGUACCAUUAUUUGAUGAGAUUAUAUUAUCAUUGACCAAUAUGAAUCAAAUUGAAUCAUUUGAUGAUGUAACAGGAGUGGUAACAUGUCAAUCUGGAUGUGUAUUGGAAACGUUGGAAUCUUAUUUAAAUGCAAAGGGAUUUACAGUACCAUUGGAUCUUGGAGCAAAGGGUAGUUGUCAUAUUGGUGGAAAUGCAGCCACCAAUGCAGGUGGUAUUAGAUUACUUCGUUAUGGAUCAAUGCAUUCCAAUGUAUUGGGUAUAGAAGCUGUUUUGGCUGAUGGUACCAUUAUGGAUUGUAAUAGUACCCUUAGAAAGGAUAAUACUGGUUAUGAUCUAAAACAUCUUUUCAUUGGUUCAGAAGGUACCCUAGGGGUUAUUACAAAAAUAUCAAUCAUCACUCCUCCAAAACCAACUAGUGUCAAUGUUGCCCUACUUGCUUGUAAUGAUUUUAAUCAAAUUAAACAAAUUCUUAUUAAAGCUAAAAAACAACUUGGUGAUAUUCUUUCUGCAUUUGAAUUUAUGGAUAGACCAUGUAUAGAUUAUGUAUUGGAUCAUCAAUCAACAGCAAAAGAACCAUUUGAUAAGAAAUCACCAUUUUAUGUAUUGAUUGAAACUUCUGGUUUUCAUGAACAACAUGACGCUGAAAAGUUGAAUGCAUUUUUAGAAAAUAUAAUGUCUGAAGAUUUGGUUUUAGAUGGUUCUUUGGCUACUGAUACGAAAAAUAUUUCACAAUUUUGGAAAUUAAGAGAAACAAUAACAGAAUCUUUGGGAAAAGCAGGAGCAGUUUAUAAAUAUGAUUUAUCAUUACCAAUUGAUACAUUUUAUUCAAUUGUUGAGGUAAUGAGAGAGAAAUUAAAAGACAAGGCAGUAGUAACUGGAUUUGGACAUGUUGGUGAUGGUAAUCUGCAUUUAAAUAUAUCGACACCCAAACAAAAAUAUAGUAAAGAAUUUUUAUCAAAUAUUGAACCAUUUGUAUAUGAAUAUACAAGUCAACAAAAGGGUAGUAUCUCUGCCGAACAUGGUAUUGGAUAUAUGAAGACUGGUCAAUUACAUUUCUCCAAAUCACCUGCUUCCAUUCAACUUAUGAAAUUAAUUAAAAACUCAAUGGAUCCAAAUGUUUUAUAA